UGCCUCUGGCGGUCAGUAAGGAUGAAAUAGAAAGGUAGUUGGUUUUGUUUUCCUGUGAUGUUAUUUCCUCUAAUGCACGCUCACAACAUGAAUGUGACCUGAUCAAAAAGCAGAUUAGUUGCUUCAUAUCAGGACUUUGAAGCUAGCUAACUCAAAGAAUGAACAAUUAUUUAAAACUUGAUCAUAACUUUUGGGAUUGUGUUCCUCCCGACAGGUUGAAUAACAGGUCGAUCACUAACAAACACAAACAAUGUGACACCGACGGCAAACUGCAUGUGAAAACAAAUGUGCCCAACAUAGAGACUCCAUUCUCAUUCUCACCUGAACACACAGCUGAAUCUUCAUACAGGUUCAGGUGUCCUGGUCCAGGUGUGUUCCAGUGUUCUUUGACUGGACUGGUGUUUGUUAUGGCUCAAGAGGCAGAGCUGCUGUACAGGACUGUCCAAUGGGAUGAGGGCCUCCUCCAGCCAGCUGGCAAGAAGGCUGCAGGGCCGCUGUUCGACAUCAAGAGUUCUGAGGAUGCUGCAGUCUGUCGGCUCCACCUCCCACACUGUGAAACAAAGCACGCGUUGGUCUUUGACGGCCUGUUGUCUGUCGUCCACAUCACUGAUGAUGGAAUGACAAUCCUGGAGCCGCUGGAGAUUACGGAUACUCAUGUGGUGGUGAAGGUCCCUAACCUCUCCGCUUUUGGCCUCGUCUGGGAUUACGUCAGGAGGUUUCUGAACAUCACACUGCCAAUAAAGGGUCAAGUUCUGCUGUUCCUCCGACCUCCGCACUCCAGUGAUCAAAUUCUCGAUGUGUUGCUGCUGCAGAAAAACAUCCCUGUGCAUGAGGUAAAGCUCUCUGUCAUAUGUGCUCACCAGCAACUUAGACUCUUGUUUUAAGCCACAGCUGUUUCCACAAAGACGGUUCACACGUUGCUCCUCGUGCUGUGCUAAGAAUCAAAUCUAUCUGAACUGUAAAUCUUCAGAUUGCUUUGUUUUGUUUUUGUAGUUUUUUGAUUCUCUCUCAGCAUGUAUUUCCAUCUGCCACUAA